AUGUGUAGUCCUCAAUCCGGCCCGAAGAAGUCUCCAAUCCUCUCCAAGAUUCCUAUUCCUACUCAUGAGAACAUUUACACCGUUCCCAAUAUCCUCACAUUUUCCCGUCUAGUUGCAGCUCCCUUAGUGGGCUACUUCCUCGUUCAUGAUCAUCAUGCAGCUGCACUAUCAUUAUUCGUCUAUGCUGGUCUCACAGAUCUUGUGGACGGCUAUAUUGCCCGACGGUAUAACCUGCAAACUGUCGUUGGUACCAUUAUUGAUCCAAUGGCCGAUAAACUGUUGAUGACCAUUGGUGUUGCUUGCUUGGCUGUCAAUGGUUCUAUUCCUGUAUGGCUUGCGGUAAUCAUCCUCGGUCGCGAUGUUGGCCUUGCGUUGUCGGCAAUCUACUAUCGCUGGAUAUCUCUACCCCCGCCAAAGACCAUGGCACGAUACUGGGAUUUCUCCCUUCCCUCUGCAGAAGUCAAGCCAACGGGCAUCUCCAAAGUCAACACAGCUUUGCAGCUUGUGCUUGUGGGCUCUGCGAUCGCAUUACCAGUGAUCCCAGAGGCAGUCCUCGACGCAUGGAAUCUCCGAGAAGGAAUGACAGCGUUGCACACGUACGACCAUAGGGUGUGGAAAACAGGGCUUCCCGUCCGCUCAGCCGUACUUAAGCCACACGCCGGCCGGUUAGUAGUUGGGUACCUCGUUGCAUCCACUACGAUCUGGUCUGGGCUCAGCUACGUCUUCUCUAAAGACGCAGUAAAGAUCCUCACUAAGGAGGAAGUACAAAAGCGCCUUGCAAGAAGAGCUAGCGGGAAGAAGUGA